CCCGGCGGUUCGUCCCUCCCCCCUCCUGGCGGGCGCGUCCCCUCCUCCACCGGGCGGCGGAGCCCUGCGGAGCCGAGGGCGGAGCAUCUCGCCGAUGGCUGGGAGCCGGGCUGGGAGGCGCUGGGAGAGCAGUGGGUUCCAGACGCGCCGCCGCCUGGCCGGGGGGCUGCCAUGGCCGCGUGCUUGUGAGCGCGGAGCGCGCGAGGGGCCGCUGCCACCAUGCCCGGGGGCGUGGGCGCCGUCCCGCUCUGCCUGCUGGCGCUCGCCCUGCCGGCGUGGACCAGAAAUUCUACGUGUGUCUUCUUACCUCUCCAAAUGGGCCAAAUCCACUUCCGCUCAGGAGGAAAUGGGGAAGGCAGCCCCCAGCUACAGCAUGAACUAAUAAUACCUCAGUGGAAGGCUGCAGAAAACCUCACGAAAGAAAAGCAUCCACUCAAAGCUGAGCUCAGGGUAAUGGCUGAGGGGCAAGAAUUGAUCGUGGACCUGAAGAAGAAUGAUAUAUACACAGUGGCCUCAAGGAAGCUAGAAAGGUAUCUUUUUGCUCCAGCCUACACAGAAACCCAUUAUACUCCAAGUGGCAAGGCUCAAACCACCACGCUGAAGUCUGAGGACCACUGCUUUUACCACGGAACGGUGAGGAAGGCAGAACAGUCCAGUGUCACACUUAGCACCUGCCGGGGAAUGAGAGGACUGAUUAUGGUGAGCAGUAACCUCAGCUACAUCAUCGAGCCCCUGCCUGGCAGCGAGAGCCACCACCUUAUUUACAGAUCUGAACAUCUCAAGCUGCCCCUGGGGAGCUGUGGGUUUGAGCACUACAAGUCCACCAGGGACUGGGUCCUUCCGUUUACGAACCAGACCAAGAAAAGACCUCGCAGGAUGAAAAGGGAAGAUUUACACUCCAUGAAGUAUGUGGAACUUUACCUUGUGGCUGAUUAUGCAGAGUUUCAGAAGAAUCGGCGAGACCAGGAUGCCACCAAACACAAGCUCAUGGAGAUCGCCAAUUACGUUGAUAAGUUUUACCGAUCCUUGAACAUCCGGAUUGCCCUUGUGGGCUUGGAAGUAUGGACUCAUGGGAAUAUGUGUGAAGUUUCAGAGAACCCCUACUCUACUCUCUGGUCAUUUCUCAGCUGGAGGCGCAAGCUCCUCACCCAGAAGAACCAUGACAAUGCACAAUUAAUCACGGGCAUGUCCUUCCAUGGCACCACCAUUGGGCUGGCCCCCCUCAUGGCCAUGUGCUCCGUGUACCAGUCUGGAGGAGUCAACAUGGACCACUCUGAGAAUGCCAUUGGCGUGGCUGCCACCAUGGCCCACGAGAUGGGCCACAACUUCGGCAUGAGUCAUGAUUCCGCAGAUUGCUGUUCUGCCAGUGCGGCUGAUGGCGGGUGCAUCAUGGCGGCUGCCACUGGGCACCCCUUUCCAAGAGUGUUCAAUAGAUGCAACAGGAAGGAGCUGGACAGGUAUCUGCAGUCAGGCGGUGGGAUGUGUCUCUCCAAUAUGCCAGACACCAGGACGCUGUAUGGAGGCCAGAGGUGUGGGAAUGGCUACCUGGAAGAUGGGGAAGAAUGUGACUGUGGGGAGGAAGAGGAGUGUAAUAACCCUUGCUGCAAUGCCUCUAACUGCACCCUGAGAGAAGGCGCGGAGUGUGCCCAUGGUGCCUGCUGUCACCAGUGUAAGCUGCUGGCUGCGGGGACCCUGUGUCGUGAGCAGGCACGGCAGUGUGACCUCCCAGAGUUCUGCACGGGCAAGUCUCCCCAGUGCCCCACCAACUUCUACCAGAUGGACGGUACCCCCUGCGAGGGCGGCCAGGCCUACUGCUACAAUGGCAUGUGCCUCACCUACCAGGAGCAGUGCCAGCAGCUGUGGGGGCCUGGAGCCCGGCCCGCUCCUGAUCUCUGCUUCGAGAAGGUGAAUGUGGCAGGGGACACCUUUGGAAACUGUGGGAAGGACAUGAAUGGGGAACACAGGAAGUGCAACAUGAGAGAUGCCAAGUGUGGAAAGAUCCAGUGUCAGAGUUCUGAGGCCCGGCCCCUGGAGUCCAAUGCAGUGUCCAUCGACACCACCAUCCUCUUGAAUGGGAGGAAGAUCCGAUGCCGGGGCACCCAUGUGUACCGUGGUCCUGAGGAGGAGGGUGACAUUCUGGACCCUGGCCUGGUGAUGACCGGGACCAAGUGUGGCUACAACCAUAUUUGCUUCGAGGGACAGUGCAGGAACACCUCCUUCUUUGAAACAGAAGGCUGUGGAAAGAAGUGCAAUGGCCAUGGGGUCUGCAACAACAACCAGAACUGCCAUUGCUUCCCAGGCUGGGCCCCGCCCUUCUGCAACACCCCUGGCCAGGGGGGCAGCAUUGACAGUGGGCCCAUGCCCCCUAAGAGUGUUGGUCCUGUGAUUGCCGGAGUGCUCACAGCCAUAUUUGUGCUGGUGUUCCUUUUGGUGACAUACUACUGCUGUAAACAGAACAACAAACUGGGCCAACUCAAGCCCUUAGCCCUCCCUUCCAAGCUGAGGCAACAGUUCAGUUGUCCCUUCAGGGUGUCUCAGAAUAGUGGAACUGGCCAUGCCAACCCAACGUUUAAGUUGCAGACACCCCAGGGCAAGCGAAAGGUGACCAACACCCCUGAAACCCCACGGAAGCCCUCCCAGCCUCCUCCUCGGCCCCCUCCAGACUAUCUUCAUGUUGGAUCUCCACCUGUACCAUUACCAGUGCACCUCAGCAGGGCUGCUAGGAACCCCCCAGGGGCUGGGUCCCCAGUAGAGAGGAAGGAGUCAUCCAGGAGGCCUCCUCCGAGCCGGCCAGUUCCCCCUGCACCAAAUUACAUCCUCUCCCAGGGCGUCUCUAGGCCGCGGCCGCCACAGAAGGCACUCCCGGCUGACCCCGUGCCAGGCCGCAGGAACCUCCCCAGACCAGGUGGCCCCUCCAUGCUGCGGCCCACUGCCACUAGCCCUCUUCAGUCCCGGCCUCUGGCCGCACCUGUCCCAAAGUUUCCUGAAUACAGAUCACAGAGGGCUGGGGGGAUGAUUGGCCCGAAGAUCUAGACCUGUCUAAAGGGGCUUCUGCCUUUCCUUGAGGACUUUGAACCCCUGCAAGGAUCUGUGGCCAUGGAACCUGGAAACAGCAUGUCUGGCCACCUCCAAGCUCCUCCUCCCCUCUUUCCCUCCUUCCAGAACCACCACAUCUCUGAAAAUCUCCUUUGUGACUCAGUGCCUCCUCGGCUUCCUGGGAGGCCCAGAGAGACUACUGUCUGUCCAAUGGCAUCAAAGUGUUGUUUUGUGCAAUAUACUGCCCCAGGGAAGAGAGGGGAGAACACAGACGAGGACAAAUGGAAGCUUCGACUGGCCCAUCACCUCAGAGGUGCCGGGGAGGUGGUCUUGGGCUGUAUGAGCAUGUAGACCCAGCUGGGAAAAGUCCUAUUCAGCCCCUCAGCCCAGGAUUUAGCUUGGAGAAGCCAUCCACCCAUGUCCUAUGGUGGAGGUUGUGCAUGAGAGCUUUCCAUUUCUUCUGUCUCCCUUGACAGUCCCAGGCUCGACAGAAGCUGGGCACUUACUCAUCCCAUUUAGCUCUGCGAUUGAGAGGGGUCCGGCCAGCCUCCACUGUGGCCCUGUCCAGGGCUUGGUGGCCACAUGUGAACAAGUGAAGUCCACUCCACUCCCACCAGUGUAAACCCCCACCCCCUCCUCAUUCACACGGGUCGCCCUGACUCCAACAGGUACUAUUUGUGGGCAGUAUAGACAGCAGAGGGAGCACCAGGCUUGGGCCUCCUCUGAGCCAAUGCCAAAGGUUGCGGCUCUCACCUCGGGAUCUUUCUUGGUUGCCUUUUGUUUCCUUGUCUUAACAAAAGCCCAGCGAUUUUGAUUUCUCCCUUCAGAAAUUUCUCCUUCCCCACUCAGACCUACCUAAGGUGUGGUGCUGCGGUGAGUGGGUCUUCAACAGUCCUAGCCUCCUGGAGACCUGGUGCUUGUGACUUACAAGUAUAAGGGGUGGCCACUGGAUUUCCUAUGUGGUCCUCAAGGGUGUCCACUGGAAGAAACUCAGGCCAUGGCUGUGGGGGUUGAAGCUUUUUAUUCCACUGGGUUUUGUGACCUCAGCAGGGUGAGGGCGUCUUACCCUCUACUCCCUGGUGGAAAUCUAAGGAAGGUCCUCAGGGAUGGCAGCAAGGGGGGCAGAACCCCAGCCUGUCCCUAGGUCUGGUCGCUGAUUGGAGGCACGGCAGUUGCCCCCUGAGCAGAGAGCUGACCUGUCUCUAGAGAUCUGUAGAGAAGAGCAGAGGUCAGCAGUCUUGAUGAAACAGAGUCGGAGCUGGGGCCACCAGGCUUUUUAUCAUUUACUUCCUUGUGUUCUUUCUUCUGGUCACUGCCUUUAUCUGACCUUUACAGAAAGAACUUGGAGCAGCUGGGGAGAUGCCACUGCAUUGGGUACUGCCCUCCCCAGAGCAGGAAAGGAAGGCUAUGUGGUGCUCUGCUAAAUUGGACAACUUGUCACUGGAGAGGUUCUCCGGUGGCAGUCUCCCACCCCCAGAAGGGUGCUGUGCCGUCCCCACCUCCUGCAGUGAGCCGUUGUUCACGCUUGAAAACCUCAAUGCAAGGAAGAAGCUUGAGCUUUUACUCCCAACGACCAACCCAGGGCCGCCUUACAGUUCUCUGCACACAACAGGUGUCCUAUAGAUGUUCUCGGGUUUUAGACAAGUUGGAGAUUUGGAAUGUGCCCCUGGGAACACACAUGAGGUAGAUUUAGAAAGAUCUCAGGGAAAUGAGGUUUGCUUCCCUCAGGUAGUCUGAUAUUCAUGCGUCUGUCUUCCAGACAAGGGCCCUGGUUGAUCCCCAUCGUGUUUCCACCUUCCUUGCUGCCUGAUUAGGUCCGGGGACAGCCUUCCAUGUAAUCGUGCUACUCCAAAUGCCCCAGGCCUCAAGGCUGGGUUCCAGAAAAGUAAAGAUGAAAAUACCCUAGCAAAAAAAAAUUACCCUCAUGCCCACCCACAUGCUUCACAGACGUUCCUGUGGUAUGUCUAGCUUUUCUCCCACGUAUCAGGAGGUCGAAGGCUCUGAAGUGAAAAUGCCACAGCCCUGUGGCUGCAUGAGUCUUUUGAACCUGAAAUCCACCCUUCCCGGUACCAUACAGAAAGAGCCGUGGGUUGUGUCUUCUUGUCUUUCUGUUUUUUGUUUUCCGUUAUUUUAAUACCACCUCUAUCCCAUAAAAUUGUACUGUGAACUGGAAGAAGGUUGAAUCGAUGGAGACUUUUGGCAGCCAGUUCUAUUUACUGUUUCACUUCUGGCUGUGUUUGGGGACUGAGAGAAGCCAUAUUAGAAGGCUGAGAGACUGCCCAGGAGCAAGACCACUGCGUGCUCCCUUUCCCCUCCUCUGCCCCUGUGCUGCUUUGAGGUGACAGAUAAGAACAAACACGGCCUGAGGUUAAGAGGGACUUUAUUGAAAAGUAUUACUGCAAGGCGAGGCAAGGGGACUUGCAUUCGGGGUAGGGUGCUGGCAGAAGGGAGAACGCUCAGGUGAGCUCCUAUAAGAUCUGCAAGUGUCUCACAGCUCAUAAAGGGGUCUUUUAUUUGCUAGGACAAAGUGGACUUGGCUAGAAAGAACCGCAGUUGAGGCAUCCUUGCACUCAGCCUCUUUGGCUGGGGGGCGAGAUGGGGGGCUGCUGUAGAAGGGUCUUGCACUGGCUCAGGCUGAGGGUGGGUCCUUAGUCAGAGUCUGGUGGAGACAUGAGCAUAGCUAAAGCUUGGUGGAGUUAACCAGCCCUUUGUCCAUAUGGAGCUGUAUGUAAAUCUUUUUAAAAGCUAACUUAGCUUGUCAGUUUUACAACCCUGUAAAUGUUUUUCUUAAAAACCUGGGAGCCAUCUCUGAAAAGUAAACCUCAAGGGACCACAAGGGAGCUAGCAUCCCUGUCCCCCUGUCUCAGUGGGAGUUUUACGCAGGAGCUGACUUGCCAUCGGUUGUUUUAGCCUUGUUUACUUCUCCCUUAUAUAAAAGCCCUUUUCUGCCGAAGUUCUGAGCCGCUUGCAGAUCCUAUAGUAUCGUGGGAGCCUCUUCUCCACACCACAGUAGCUCCUUGCUGCCUCUUGCCGUAAUCCUUUUGAAUAAAACCUCCCCCUACCUAUGUCCAAAUUUGUUCUUUUUUGGCAAAGGUAUGGAAGACUUGCAUAUUUUAAAUGGGGGACCAGUUCUAAAGUCAGGAUUGUGUUAAAUUUGUGUAUAACAGCUCUGCUGGCUACCCAAGAAUGCCAAGGGAAUGCCAACUGGAAAGGUGCCCCAUCCCUAGGGAAGCUCGCUAAGAGGGGCUCUGCAGAAUCCAAACCAGUGCCCCCAAAGCCACCCUUCUGCGCAUCCUCUCACACCAAUCGCUGUGUGUACAUAUGUGUCUGGGAUCUAGGGCAUGUGAAUUUCCUUUUUAUUUGGAGACUGUUCACGGAAAACAGAUCCUCUUCUCUCUUGUCCACCUAUUAAUUGUUUACAAUAUUUGUACAUCUAUGCAAAAUACUUGAAUGGGCCAUGGUGCCUUUUCCCCCCCUUGUUUGUAUUUAAUUAAAAUAAAUUGUCAUUUGAAAUGUU